CUUAACAUUAUAUGUCAACUUUGCAGCUUCUAGGAUAUCUCUUUAACUGGGGUCUGUUCGGUGUUCUAUCCCUGCAAGUCUACUUGUACUACAUUGCCUUCCCAAGGGAUCGCUGGACAUUGAAGACUCUAGUCUACAGUGUCUAUGUCAUCGAGACGGUACAGACUAUACUUGUGACUUAUGACGCUUUCAAUGAGUACGCGUCAGGGUUCGGGAGCUUGGAGGCCUUAGACGCGGGAGGGCUUAAUUGGAUAUCAGUGCCUAUCUUCAGUGGUAUCGUGAGUGCGAUGGUGCAGAUACACUACGCUUACCGUGUCAGCAUUGUCUCAGGCUCAAGAAUACUCGGCCUAGCCAUCUCUGUAGUAACUGCGUCGUACGCCGUCCGCUCCGUCUCCGGCCGUCAGAGCAACUGUGCUUAUACUGUCGCAUUACAGAUAUGGCUCGCUGCUACUGCAGUUUGCGACGUUAUCAUCGCCGGAUGCAUGACGCUUUUUCUUCUGAGACAUGACAUUAUGAACCCCGAAAUGCACGCCCUCAUAACAAGGCUUGUCCGGCUCGUCGUCGGGACGGGCAUGCUGACAGCCCUCGCGGCGACGAUCGACCUGGUCCUUUUCCUCGCGUUCCCGCACAGAGCAUAUCACGGCUGCAUUGCACUGACACUCGCGAAGCUGUACUCGAACUCGCUGCUCGUGCUCUUCAACAGCCGCAUCCGCAUUGUCGACGGGCGCUUACGCGCCUCCGAGCUGGCCGGAAACGGAUCCAACUCAAUGCUGGCGAAGAGUCAGCCCGGCGUCGCGGGCAUAAUUCGAUACGACCCUUUCGCGACUCACGCCGCGCUGCUCGGUGGCGUGCAUGUUCACGAGGUAUUGUAAAUGGCCAUACACCUCUAGUUGAUAUAGACGGGAAACCCUGGCGAGCAACGAGCCCAAGCGGCAGCACGUCCUCGACGACAGUUUUGCGGAUACGUUCUGUUAUUUAUUGUGGCGCUGAUACACGUACAACAUUAACAGUCGAGAAAUAAAUCUGACGAAAGCUGUC